AUGGGCCUCUUUGAUCUACCUCCUGCCACUCUACUACUCAUCUUCAGCAACAGUGUCCUCGGCUCGCCUCUCACCACUCUGGCUGGUACAGGAACACCUCUUCUCCCUUACACAAACACGACUUCCCUACCAUCAAUCACGACAGGGCCGUCGUACGCCUCCUCGUGCGUGGCGGCGUACUCAUCAUAUAAUGCAGCUUAUUCGGCUUGGCAGACUGCCAAUUGGUCGACUGUAACUUCAUCUUACACAGCCGGUGGACCUGGAUCAUCACUAGUCACAUUCUACGAGAACGCAACAACAGGAUGUGAUGGGAUUCCACGAGUGACGUACUCGCCUGCAAUAUCACUAUCAACAGGGUGGGUCAACGUCACACGAGGUACUGGGACAUUGACAAGUGUGACCAAUAUCGGUGGGCCCGGCUUUCCUAGCACUCAACCCCGUUGUCAGAUACAACCUUCCGACUGCGAUCCAUUAUGGACAGCAUACGAUUCGUCAUAUUCUGUGUGGCUUUCACAGAAUGCGACAGCGGCACCCAACAACACGGCCCCAUUCGCUCAAGUCACUCCACCACCUCAGACACCACCUUGUAUGAAUCAGUCUGCUGCCUCAAGCUACUCGUCGUUCGAGUCAUCUUUGUACGGGUGCGGAUUGUGCACGAUUUACGGCGAAGGGGUGGAGCUGGUGUACUUCCCGGUCCCUACGACAGUUUCGCGCGAUAUGUGCGCCAGCACUCCGCUCGCAAAUCUAACACAUUACGCCGACAACGCCGUCAUCACCGCAUAUGCCGGAGACGGAUACAAUGCCCACGCUCCCAUACCCACCGAUCCUGGUAUAGUGACAGCAGUAGACAACAACCACACCUUCACAUCCGGUACAGCUUACAUCAGUAUCUCCACCGUUUGGGCUGUGGACCGCUGUUCCCAGACGAUCGGCUCCACAAUCAACAACGCCAUCCUCGCCAUGCCAUCCUCCUCCGUCCUCUCCCUCCGCUACAGCCAAAUCCACUUCCAAUACUUCUACUCCAGCUCCACGCAAACCGGCUACCCAAUCUCCUACGCCGACUUCAACCAACCAGUCCCUUACUCCGCCUGGGCCGGCCAAGCAAUGUGCGAGUACCCAGACGACACGUACCGUUGUGGGGUGGUGUAUGAUAUUCCGGGUGCGUAUCGACCACAACUCGCUAUUCCGCCGGGGAUCAAGGAUCUGGAUCCGCUGUGGGAGGGGUGUCAGAUGUGGUAUGGUGGGUUGUAUGAUCCGCCCAGGGCUUUGCAGCCGCAGGUUAGUGAGGUAAUGCCUACGAUUCCGACGGCGCAUGGGAAUGGGUGGGGUGCUACGAGGACUGCGGCGCCGAGUUCGACGGCUGUGGUUAGUACGGCUACCGCUACUGCGCUUGCAGACCUGAGUGGGUCGGGUGAUGGGCAUAGUGGGUAUGGUGGGUCGGGUGAUGGGCAAAGUGGGUAUGGUGGGUCGAGUGGCAGUGGCUGGAGCGGAAAUCAAGGAGGUGGUGCUAGUAGUGGUCAAACCAACGCACAGGGAAGUGGUAGUGGCAACAACAAUGACAAUGGUGCGAGCUCGGCGUGGACCACGCCGGUCUCCGACAACGCACAAACGACAAACAAUGCUGGGAGUCAAGGGGUGCAAGGGAACAGCAAUGAUGGUGACGCCCUAGGCGUCCUCGAGAGCGCCCUAUCAACCGCCACAGCCACGGUCAUAACGACAAUAACUACCGGCGUCGGCGCAGCAGUCGCGCAAGGAAUCAAUAGCGUUUUCGACACAACUUACAACCCCGCCGGCGGCUCACAAAUCCAUAAUGCAGCUGGUGGUGCAUCAGCAGCUAGCGACGGUGGAUCUUCGUACAGCAGAAACGCCAAUGCAUAUGACAGCAGUCCUUCUGCAACGACGGGUCAUGAUGUCGAACAAUCGAGAGUCUCAUCGCAAUUGUACUCGAGUCAGACGGGGAGUGCGGUUUUGGUCACCGUUGGUGAGACGAGUGGGCUUUCGGGUGGUGCUGCGCAGAGCACAAGUGGUAUGGGCGGUUCGGGUGAUGUCGCGACUGGCACCGCAGCUAGUGGAUCUUCCGGUGCUGGGUCCUCUACUAGUGCAGUCGGGGCCGCAGCAAGUGGGUCGAGCGCCGGCGUCGCAGCCUCGUCUGCGGGGGGGAGGAGGCAUAUGACUCCAUGGCUUAUGACCGGCGGCAUGGUGGUGUUUGUGCUUGCUCUGAUGUUUGGAUCAUAG